AUGGCGAAGGCCGGCGGGGGCCUGAUCUGGGCGACGGCGGAGGACCUGGCGCGGAACCGGCCGGUGGUGCUGUCCAUGUACCGGCAGAUCCUGCGGGCGCUCAACUCGCCGGCGCUGCCGCUGGGCCACGCGGCGCGGCUGGCCAAGAAGGCCGAGUGCCGCGCCAUCUUCAUCUUCGGCGCCGAGGAGAGGUCGCUGCACAACAUCCAGGACCUCCUCGCCGCCGCGCGCCACACCCUCGGCCUCCUCAACCGCGGCCGCGUCCCCUAG